AAGUUGAAGUAUCUGGUACGUUGACUGGCGGAUGGGAUACAUGAGUUGGAGCUAUGGCAGGUCCAAGUAGGAAGCAGAUGUUGAGGUUUUUCAGCCAGCUUGGGGCGUUUAUACUGACCCGGUUCGGGUUCUGGAACUGCUUCAGUAUGCUGAUGCUGUUUGCUGAAAGAGCGGACUCAAAGAGAAAACCAGACAUUCAUGUGCCGUACCUGUAUGUUGACAUGGGAGCAGCUGUCCUCUGUGCCAGCUUCAUGUCAUUUGGAGUGAAGAGGAGGUGGUUUGCUCUGGGUGCUGCCAUUCAGCUGGCCGUCAGCACUUAUGCAUCCUACGUCGGAGAGCAGGUGUAUUAUGGGGACUGGCUAAAGGUCCGGAUGUACUCCAGGGCACUAGCCAUCAUCGGAGGCUUUCUGGUUCUUGCCAGUGGAGCAGGGGAGGUCUACAGGCAGAAGGCUCGAAGCAGAUCCCUGCAGUCCACUGGGCAGAUCUUUCUAGGAAUCUAUCUCAUCUGCAUGGUGUACUCGCUGCGGCACAGUAAGGAGGACAGACAGGCCUACCUGAACCAUAUCACUGGAGGAGAGCUCACUCUAAUGCUAAUAGAGGUGCUUUUUGGCGUUCUGGCUAUGGCCUUUCUCACUGGGUAUUACAUCCGCCUGGCCGCUCAGAUCCUGGCCACCAUCCUUCCUCUGGUGGUCCUGCUCAUCGAUGGAAACCUCGGGUACUGGCACAGCAACCGCAAGGUGGAGUUUUGGAACCAGAUGAAGCUGAUAGGCCACAACAUUGGUAUUUUUGGCGCCGUACUAAUCCUGGCCACUGACGGGUAGACUCUCUGGCUUUUAAAGACAGUUUUUUACAGACAGAGGUGUUCGCGCAGCAUUAGGUUGUUGUGCCUGAAUCUGUGCCGAAAGCUGCUGCUGAUCAACAACACCUCAGGAUUUAAACACUCAGCUUGGGAGAGCUCCGACGACUCAACAUUAGCUACCGGUUGGCAGCUUUGCUUCUGCAAGAAAAACAAGUUUCCUUUUUUUUUUUUUUUAAUUGAAAAUGGUUUUAUUUAUUUGGUUUCUUGUUGACAUUUGUUAUGCUCUGAAACAUUACAACAUAAAGGAGUAUUUUGCAUAAGCAGGGAGCUUUUACUUCACUGGGAAAUUCAAAAUAGUUGGACUGUUUAUCACAAUACAUGUUUUAAAUAUUUUACAGUAAAUGAAAACUGUUAUUAUAUGCUAUGUUGCUUUUAACUUGUACAUACAUAUGUUUUUCAAUAAAUUUAAAGACCACAGGAA